AUGAAAAACCAAACUUUGACUGAAUUCAUCCUACUGGGUCUAACAGACAUCCCAGAGCUUCAAAUUAUACUCUUCAUAGUUCUCUUCCUCGCCUAUGUCUUCAGCAUAUUAGGGAACCUGAUAAUCAUCAUUCUCACACUACUGGAUUUCCAUCUCCAGACCCCCAUGUAUUUCUUACUACGGAAUUUCUCCUUCUUGGAAAUUUCCUUUACAACUACUUGUACACCUAGGCUGCUACUCAGCAUCUUAACUGGGAACAAGAGUAUCAGCUUUACUGGCUGCUUCACUCAGUAUUUCUUUGCAAUAUUCCUUGGAGCCACAGAAUUUUACCUUCUCACUGCCAUGUCCUAUGACCGCUUUGUAGCAAUCUGCAAACCCCUACACUAUACAACCAUCAUGAGCAACAGGGUCUGUAUCCAGCUGGUUUUCUGCUCCUGGCUUUGUGGGUUCCUAAUCAUCUUAUUCCCAAUUAUCCUGACCAGUAAGCUGGAUUUCUGUGCCUCCAACUUGCUGAAUCAUUAUUUUUGUGACACUGGACCUUUAAUAGAAAUAUCUUGCUCAGACACAAGACUCCUGGAGCUCCUUAACUUUUUCUUAGCAGUUAAGACCUUAGCAGUGACCCUGGUGCUGAUAAUUUUCUCCUACAUAAACAUCAUCAGGACCAUUCUGAAGAUUCCCUCUGCCCAGCAAAGGAAAAAGGCCUUUUCCACUUGUUCUUCACACAUGAUUGUCAUCUCCCUCUCUUAUGGCAGCUGCAUCUUCGUGUACAUAAAACCUUCAGCCAAAGAAGGAGUUGCCUUCAAUAAGGGAGUAGCUCUGCUCCAAACCUCACUUGCACCUUUAUUAAACCCCUUCAUUUACACUCUAAGAAAUAAGCAAGUAAAACAAGCCUUCAAAGAUGUGGCCAAAAAGGUUAUGGGUCUUUAA